AUGUGUUUCAGAUCGGCACUCACCGUAACCCUAUUGGGAGUCCUCGUCUUUGGCAGUUCAGGCUUUUCUGAAGAAAACGGUGAAAAUCCUCUUUUUAGCACCGUAAAUCAAGGAGAAAACUCAGGAAAUCUUGGAGAAAACCCUCUUGUCGGCAGAGAAAACCGUGGAGAAAAUGAAACUAGAUGUGUUCUGAACAGGACUGGACUCAUUCCCACCAAUACACCAGCAUGUUGCACAAGAUCCUGUUACGGAUAUUGUGGACAGAGCCACACCAUCACCAGAUCGUUUAAGCUUGACUGUAACUGUGACGUGGACUGCACUGUGUUUGGAGACUGUUGCCAUGACUACUACUUUGUUUGUCUCUCCUGGAACAUGGCGGAUAUUACUAGUAAAAAGAAAACAUUCGAUCUUAUUCAUCAACAGCUGCAGACCGUCAGUGACCUGAAAGAGAAGGCACUGACAGAGCGGCUAUAUGAGUAUAAACAAUGCAUAUCAAACGGCAAUUCAACCUAUUUUUGGAUGAUAUCUAGCUGUCCGCAAGGUUCACUCAAAUCUCUGGCCACUUUGUGUAAAGAUGCAAAUCUCAGAAUGGUUGGAGAUUUCUCGUGCAAAGACAAAUGCAAGAGCCGUAACGAUCUGGACCCACAACACACAAAGUGCCAAUGUGACCUGUUGUGUAUGAUAUUUGGUGACUGCUGCUUUGAUUACUAUUCCGAGUGUCUCAAUUCAACCAUUACUGAAACCGUUAAAGACGGGGCACUAGACAAUAUCACGGCUUUAAACAGUGUGCCACCCAAUGAGCUCCAUCACACCGCAAUACAAUAUUUACUCAAAUACAGAAAGUACCAGGAUUGCAUACACUACAGCGACUCAACUAGUGUCUGGAUGAUUGCACAGUGUCCUCCAAGUUAUGAAAACCAUACAAUCACAGGGAAAUGCAUGGAUGCUGUACUUGAAAACAAUCCCGUUUCACACAAGCGUAUUCAAUAUAUUACAUUUAGAAAUAAAUAUUGUGCGCUGUGUCACAAUAUGUCUGCUGACAACCUUGAACCAUGGUCUUCGUCUGUGAGAUGUGAAGAGUUUACUCCUGAUCCCCAAUUAUCAUACUCCGAGAUUGUUGAAUUUCUACUGAAGAACUGCGUACUCACUGUAUCUCCUUACUCCAAACCUGAGAUGGUGCGACCAUGUCUGCCAAACACCUCCAUCUUAGAGUCAGAAGGGGAACUGAGGACACUUUGUUUGUUCUACCAGUUUCCAGUUACUAAUCAGUAUAAUCGGAUAUCAAAAAACCCACAUUGUUCUGGUAGUACUAAGGUAGAAAAUGUUCAAUGUUUCGAAACAAGCAAAAAAGGCGAAUCCUUGAUACCAGGUAUCGGCAGCCUGAGUAUUUUGUUCAGCUUUGAUUCUGAAAGUAGUGAUCUUACAUUAAACGUUACGAAAGACGGACGAAAAAUAGUGGUGAAGUCUCGAGCCAUGCUCUGUGAAGUAGAUGAAGUAUACAACGUAUUUUCGGAGAGUUGUACCAGACUCGUUUGUCCCAUUGGCAAAAUUCCCAUAAAUGGAUCGUGUUUGAUCCAGGGAAUGCACAUUAUCAACAAGGACACCCAGUUACUACCAAAUGGAUCGCAGUUCGUCUAUAGUGAGAUGAAUGCAGACGGCUGGGGUAACAAAGAUAGUUUACUAAAGUGGACAUUUUUCAAGUAUGGACACAUAAUUGAGAGAUACUAUUUGUCAGAUUUUGCUUUAUUUAUUAAAAAUAUUGAUAAACAUAGAGAUCUCGUAAUAGAUGACGAAACAUUUCUGAAGAGAAUUUUCGAGUUAAAUGUUGCCAGUAUCAAUAGCAAAUCUGAUCGCUUAUCAACGUCGGUUACUGGAACUAUUUCAAAUGCAUUACAAAAUGAUUUUUUGUCCAUUAGAUUGUCUACCAAUAUUGAACAAUUUCUCUCCAGUAUUUCAUCUAGUUUUAUAAGAGACGAAUACAAUAUGAUGUUUUUAAAUUAUCUUACAAUGACAAAUUAUAAAGGGGAAGGGAAUUUGACAUGUGCAAAAGGUUUUCUGAAGAAGUGGCUGAACCCUACAUUUUCUGUUGUGGAUGGGACACAUUACGGCAAUAUAUCUAACAGAUAUUUCCCACUAAAUAACGUCCCAUUUGAAAUGGCAUUUAAUAUUAGUAAUUCAGAAUUGAAAGUGUUUUCAAUUCUAACUUGUGAACUUUCCCUUGACUGCAGUGCAGUGUCUUACAAUAAAUCGGAAUUUGAAAUUCUCAACAACACUCUGUAUAUAUUGGACAGCGGACUUAUCUUGGAUAGUGAUCACUUCAUUCUACUGGGUGAUACAGCACUAGUUUGUUCAAAUUUCUCCAGAGACUAUACCUAUUUUGAAAACGUUAAGUUCUUUAAUUUCAACCCAACUCAGGGAAUUGUAACGAUGGCAACAGCAAUAAUUUCAAUAGUUUGUUUAGUGCUUACCCUGGCCGUAUAUUCGCUGCUCACUGAGUUGAGAAACGUACCCGGCAAACUGAUAAUGUCCCUGUCCAUGAUGCUGUUAAUUUCCCAGUGCUUGCUGCUUCUGAUCAAGCUACCAGCAGGAAGACUGUGCACUGUUUUUGCUGUAAUUACCCAUGCUUCUUGGCUCUCCACGUUUGCAUGGAUGACUGCCAUUGGUGCCAAUUUGGCCAUCACAUUCAGGGUAAAUUCUUCUGGGUCGUCUUUACCUACUGGUGGAAAACUCUACAUGAAGUAUGCUUUGUUUGCAUGGGGAAUUCCACUCUGUAUUGUCUUAACAUCCGCCGCAGUCGACUUUGCUAACGUUUCCGGUCUAUCUAUUGGCUACGGUAACGGCAACGUCUGUUGGAUUUCGAACAAUACUGCUAGCUUGAUAGUCUUUGGGGUUCCAUUAGCAGUCUUACUCGUCUUAAACAUUGCAUGUUUUCUUGUCACCAUUUAUGGGAUUCAGAAGGCCACAAAGAUAUCUAAGAAUAUUUCUUGUACAAGAAAAGACCGACAAACCUUUUGGAUAUACAGUAAGCUGUUCAUGAUAACAGGGCUUUCUUGGUGUUUUUGUUUUGUGGCUGCUUUUGCUAACAUUGAGGCUAUCUGGUAUGUUUUUAUUGUAUCCAACAACCUGCAAGGGCUGUUCGUGUUUCUGGGGUUUGCUUGUACUUCCCGUGUGCUUGCUCUGUUGAAGAAGAAAUACUGUUCACCUGAACCAGAAUUUCACAAUGUGACACACACUACACCUGUACCAUUUGAUUCCCAAGCAACUGUACAUUAAGACAGUUAAUCCUUCUAAACAUAUACAUGUACUUAUAAAAGUAAUACAGUUAUACAUUUAUAUAUAGGAGACAAGAGAUCCACAAGGGUUGUUUGUGGAAUGCUUGUAUAAAUGGUAAUUUUGUCUUCAACGAGUUGAAUUUUAUUAGUUUUAGAGCAGACACACGCAGUUACACUAGUAAUGAAUGCGCCUGUAGACAAAAUGAUAUACCAGUUCGUGUGCAUAUCAGUAGUAUUUGUUCUCCAGAAACAUUGUUAACCCUGCUAAAGCAUUGUGUUAUCUUUCUGAUAGGCAAUUGACUGAUAUCAGAAGAAUGUCUCACCAACUUUUAUUUCUUGCACAUGUUGCCAGUAACUAGAACUACUGUGAUCAAAUAUUUUAUAUCAAAGAAACAUAAUUGUUGUUUUAGUGGUUUUGUUAAUAGCGUCAUUGGUGUAAUUGGGAACAACAUUCUCCAAACAAUUGAUCGUUGAAAUUUGUUUUAUUGUAAAUCCUGACUGUAUUUUGUGUCUUGUAAAUGUUUGUACAUUCAGUUUCCGACUGUGAUUGUGACAGCAAUAUAUAUAUUUUAAUUGCUGGAAAAACAAAAGUUCCAUAUGUGUCCGAAAUAGAAUAAAAUUGA